CAACAUUUUCUUUCUGCUUUCAAUCCACCUCCUCCAUUUGCAAUUGCAACAACACUUUCGCACCUUUCCUAUAACACAACUUCAUCAUCUGUUGCUGCUUCAGAACUUUGAUGUUCAUCUAACUUUCAGCUAUGGGAAGCCCUGUGAACAUCAUAGUUGGAUCGCAUGCUUGGGCUGAAGAUCCUGAGGUUGCAUGGAUUGACAGUGAAGUAAAAGAAAUCAACGGCAGAGAGGCCACCCUAAUUACUUCAAAUGGGAAAACUAUAGUUGCUGAUAUUGCAAGUAUAUAUCCAAAAGACACAGAAGCACCACCAGCAGGAGUUGAUGACAUGACCAAGUUAGCUUACCUCCAUGAACCAGGAGUGCUACACAAUCUUGCUUGUCGAUUUUCUCUGAAUGAGAUAUAUACUUAUACAGGAAACAUUCUAAUAGCAGUGAAUCCUUUCCGGAGACUGCCACACUUGUAUGACAUCCAUAUGAUGGAGCAAUAUAAAGGAGCUGCUUUUGGAGAGCUGAGUCCACAUCUGUUUGCUGUUGCAGACACCUGUUACCGGGCAAUGAAAAAUGAACAGGGAAGUCAAUCCAUUUUGGUAAGCGGAGAGAGUGGAGCUGGUAAAACAGAGACAACAAAAAUGCUUAUGAGGUACCUUGCAUUCAUGGGGGGAAGAUCUAGUACUGAAGGAAGAACAGUAGAACAACAAGUUUUGGAAUCAAAUCCUGUAUUGGAAGCAUUUGGGAAUGCCAAAACUGUUAAGAACAACAAUUCCAGCCGUUUUGGAAAAUUUGUUGAAAUUCAAUUUGAUAAGCAAGGGAAGAUUUCUGGAGCUGCAGUACGAACUUAUCUUCUUGAAAGAUCACGGGUUUGUCAGGUCUCAGACCCAGAAAGAAACUACCAUUGCUUUUACAUGCUCUGCGCAGCACCACCAGAGGAUGUCAAGAAAUUCAAGUUAGGGGACCCAAGAACAUUUCGUUAUCUAAACCAGUCAAACUGCUAUGAAGUAGCUAAUGUAGAUGAUGCAAGAGAGUAUUUGGAGACCAGAAAUGCAAUGGAUAUUGUGGGCAUAAGUCAAGAAGAGCAGGAUGCAAUAUUUCGAGUUGUAGCUGCGAUCCUCCAUUUGGGAAACAUUGAUUUCACUAAAGGAAAGGAAGUUGAUUCCUCCAGACUUAAAGAUGAAAAAUCGCAAUACCAUCUUCAAACAGCAGCCGAGCUCCUCAUGUGCAAUGAGAAGGCACUAGAGGACUCACUUUGCAAGCGUGUCAUAGUGACUCCUGAUGGUAACAUCACAAAACCACUGGACCCAGAUUCUGCAGCACUUAGUCGAGAUGCCCUAGCCAAGACUGUUUACUCCAGGCUAUUCGACUGGAUUGUUGAAAAGAUAAACAUUUCAAUAGGGCAAGAUCCAAAUGCAGCGAGCUUAAUUGGAGUCCUUGACAUUUAUGGCUUUGAAAGCUUCAAGAUCAACAGUUUUGAGCAGCUAUGUAUCAACCUGACAAAUGAGAAAUUGCAACAACACUUUAAUCAGCAUGUAUUCAAGAUGGAGCAAGAAGAGUACACAAGGGAGGAAAUUAACUGGAGCUACGUAGAAUUCGUUGAUAACCAGGAUGUUCUGGAUCUUAUUGAGAAGAAACCUGGGGGUAUAAUUGCACUACUUGAUGAAGCCUGUAUGUUUCCCAAGUCAACCCAUGAGACAUUUGCACAGAAGAUGUAUCAAACAUAUAAAGGACACAAGCGUUUCAGCAAGCCAAAACUUGCUCGAACAGACUUUACAAUCAAUCAUUAUGCUGGAGAUGUCACAUACCAAGCUGAUCAAUUCCUUGAUAAAAACAAGGACUAUGUUGUAGCUGAACAUCAGGCUCUAUUAAAUGCUUCCAAUUGCAGUUUUGUUGCUAACCUUUUCCCUCCAUUACCAGAGGAGACAUCAAAGCAAUCCAAGUUUUCUUCCAUUGGUACCCGUUUCAAGCAACAACUACAAGCUUUAAUGGAAACACUGAACACAACAGAGCCACAUUACAUCAGAUGUGUAAAGCCAAAUGCCAUUCUGAAGCCUGGAAUCUUUGAAAACUUCAAUGUCCUAAACCAGUUAAGAUGUGGGGGUGUACUGGAGGCAAUUAGGAUAAGUUGUGCCGGGUAUCCUACAAAAAGAACGUUUGGUGAGUUCAUUGACCGUUUUGGAAUGCUGGCACCAGAAAUUGUAGAUGGAUCUGAUGAAAAAACAGCAUGUGUUGCAAUAUGUGAGAAGAUGGGCAUGAAAGGCUAUCAGAUUGGGAAAGCGAAGGUGUUUCUCAGGGCUGGUCAGAUGGCUGAGUUAGAUGCACGGAGGACUGAAGUUUUGGCCAGUGCUGCUAAACAAAUUCAGAGGACAAUCCGGACACAUCUGACUAGGAAAGAAUUUAUUGCACUAAGGAGAGCUACAAUUUCUAUGCAAAAGCAUUGGAGAGCACAACUUGCAAGAAGGUUGUAUGAAGAAAUGAGAAGGGAAGCAGCCACAAAGCACAUCCAGAAACAUGUACGUGCUCACACAGCCAGGAGAUCCUACACAAACUUACAGGCCUCAGCAAUAGUCAUUCAAACUGGGUUACGAGCAAUGGCAGCCCGGAAUAUAUACAAACACAAAAGAAGAACUAAGGCCACAACCAUAAUCCAGACUGAAUGGCGAAGAUUUCAAGCUCUUUCUGCUUACAAACAGCAGAAAAAAGCAACGAUUACUCUUCAAAGUCUUUGGAGAGCAAAAGUGGCAAGGAAAGAGCUCCGAAAGCUUAGGAUGGCUGCAAGAGAAACAGGGGCACUUAAGGAGGCUAAGGACAAGCUAGAAAAGCGAGUUGAAGAGCUUACAUGGCGACUAGAAUUCGAAAAGCACUUGAGGAUCGAUAUUGAAGAAGCAAAAGGCCAAGAAAUCAUCAAGUUACAAAAUGCUUUAAAAGAAAUGCAAGAGCAGCUGGAUGAAGCCCGUGCUGCAGUCAUCUGGGAGAAGGAAGCAGCAAAACAAGCCAUUGAACAAGCUCCACCAGUAAUUAAGGAGGUGCCUGUGGUGGACAACAGUAAGAUAGAGUUGUUAGAAAAUCAGAAUGGAAAAUUGGAGGCUGAGCUAAGCGAGCUAAAAAAAAAAAUUAUAGAAUUUGAAAAGCAUUACUCUGAAGUAGAAGAAGAAAGUAAAGCAAGGCUUAGGGAAGCAGAAGAAGCUGAGUUAAAAACCACCUUACUUCAAGAGACUAUGGAAAGAUUAGAAUUAAAUUUGUCCAACCUUGAAUCAGAGAAUCAGGUUCUACGCCAACAAGCUUUGGCAGCAUCAACAAAUGAGGAACUCUCUGAAGAACUGAGAAAUCUCAGGAGUAAGAUUGGUGAUUUGGAAUCAGGGAAUGAAUUACUCCGUAAUAAGGCAGCUAUUUCCGAGCAGAUAGCAACACCUGAAAGAGUACAGCCACAUGCCAAGAACUUUGGUAAUGGACAACAGACAGAAGAUCUUCAAACAACAAAAGAGUCUAGUUCUCUUGUCCCUAUCCUUACCAAGCAAAAAUCUCUAAGCGAGAAGCAGCAGGAAAACCAUGAUGCACUUAUCAAAUGUCUCACCGAAGAAAAGACAUUUGACAAGAACAGACCUGUUGCUGCAUGUAUCGUGUACAAAUCACUUCUUCAGUGGAGAUCCUUUGAGGCUGACAGGACAAAUAUAUUUGAUAGGAUCAUCCAUACAAUCCGAUUGUCUAUAGAAAGUGAAGAGAGCACCUGUGAUCUAGCGUACUGGCUGUCAACAACUUCAACCCUUAUGGUUCUUGUACAAAGUACACUCAGAGCAAACAACAAGCAUAAUGUAGCAUCACGUCGUAACUGGGCCUCUCCCACUAUAUUUGGAAGGAUGUCACAAGGAUCGCAUUCAUCCUCAAUGGGCUCUGGAAUUUUGAAUGGAUAUAGUGGCAUGGUGAGACAAACAAAUGGGCAAUCAAAAGUGGAUGCUAAGUUUCCAGCUUUACUUUUUAAGCAACAUUUAACAGCAUGUGUUGAGAAAGUCUAUGGGAUGAUCCGUGAUGCUCUGAAGAAAGAGAUUAGCCCAUUCCUAAAUCUGUGCAUUCAGGCACCAAGAUCUGCAAGGACGAGACCAAUUAGAGUGUCAUCUAGAAAUAUUCAUUCAACUAUAGUCGCGAAACAACAAGCAUCAAACAUUCACUGGCAAAACAUAGUCAAGAAACUAGAUGAUACCCUGAAUAUAUUAUCUGUAAACCAUGUCCCUGUGAUGAUCAUAAGCAAAAUGUUUAGUCAGGUUUUCUCAUACAUAAAUGUACAGCUCUUUAAUAGCUUACUGCUUCGACGCGAAUGCUGCUCAUUCAGCAAUGGGGAAUAUGUUAAAUUAGGUUUGCAGGAACUGGAACAAUGGUGCCUGAAAGGAACACAACAGUUAGCUGGAACUUCAUGGGAUGAGCUCCAACAUAUAAGGCAAGCUGUAGGAUUUCUGGUUUUGCAUCAAAAAGCUCAGAAAUCUUUGAAUGAGAUUACACAGGACCUCUGUCCGAUAUUGAGCCUCCCACAAAUAUAUCGCAUUGGAACUAUGCUUUGGGAUGACAAAUAUGGAACCCAAGGACUAUCUCCAGAGGUGAUAGGCAGGAUGAGAGUACUAAUGGCAGAAGAAUCGAUUACUAUGCCCAACAAUUCAUUCUUGCUUGACGUUGACUCAAGUAUACCUUUCACAAUGGAAGAAAUAUAUCAAUCAUUGAAUGAAAUAAGAGUAUCUGAUGUGGAGCCACCGCAGCUACUCCGCCAAAGAUCAGAGUUCCAUUUCCUGCUUCAAACAACAGAAUGAGCUCAAGGAUCCUCUCUGUCACAUCCAUAAUCGACAACUAAAAUAGAGGCAGGGAAGAAUUAAUUCCAUUUUAUUUAUUUAUUCAUUAUUUAUUUUCCAA